CCUGCCCCCAGGCGAUUCGGACACUCACCGGCGGGGAGCCGAGAGUUUCCAGCUGCCUUCCGAGCCCCAGCGGUGAUCCGCCUCCGGGCCCCGCCGAGCAGGCGGGGGAAGCAGCCCAGACCGCAAGGCCAUGGCAGUAGCCUCCCGCUCCUGCGCCGCCGCUGGCCCUGAGCAAUCGCCGGCUACUGCGCGAGGGACCCCCACCUCCUCCGCAGGCUAAACAGCCGGGCCGGGAGCUGCUAUGCUCGCUCUGGGCCGCCGCCUCCCCUGCCCUCCGGCCGGCGCAGACGCCCCCUCCGCCGCUCAGUCGUGCCUCAGUGUCAUACUGGAAAAGAAGUAAAACUGAACAAAAAUUAUGCAUGGAGUUUCUUCUUAAAUGGAGAAGUGAUUAUUGAGAUUAUGGAUCGGAGCAAGCGGAACUCGAUCGCAGGAUUUCCCCCACGGGUGGAGCGUCUGGAGGAAUUUGAAGGAGGUGGUGGAGGGGAUGGGAACACGGUGCAGAUGGGAAGAGUUUCUUCAUCUUCAUAUCGUGCAAUUAUUAGUGCCUUUUCCAGACUGACGAGUUUGGAUGACUUCACCCGUGAAAAAAUAGGAUCUGGGUUCUUCUCUGAAGUGUUCAAGGUGCGACACAGAGCUUCUGGUCAGGUGAUGGCUCUCAAGAUGAACACGCUGAGCAGUAACCGAGCGAACCUGCUGAAAGAGAUGCAGCUCAUGAAUAGACUCUCCCAUCCCAACAUCCUCAGGUUCAUGGGUGUGUGUGUACAUCAAGGACAGUUGCAUGCACUUACAGAGUACAUCAACUCUGGGAACCUGGAGCAGCUGCUAGACAGUGACCAGUAUUUACCCUGGACGGUGAGAGUGAAGCUGGCCUGUGACAUAGCGGUGGGCCUCAGUUACCUUCACCUCAAAGGCAUCUUCCACCGGGACCUCACGUCGAAGAACUGUCUGAUAAAGAGAGAUGAAAAUGGUUACUCUGCAGUGGUAGCUGACUUCGGCCUGGCUGAGAAGAUCCCUGAUGCUAGUGUAGGGAGUGAGAAGCUAGCUGUGGUGGGCUCACCUUUCUGGAUGGCACCUGAGGUUCUCCGAGAUGAACCUUAUAAUGAGAAGGCAGACGUGUUCUCUUACGGUAUCAUCCUCUGCGAGAUCAUUGCCCGCAUCCAGGCUGAUCCAGACUAUCUUCCCCGCACAGAGAAUUUCGGGCUGGAUUAUGAUGCUUUUCAGCACAUGGUGGGAGAUUGCCCCUCAGACUUCCUGCAGCUCACCUUCAACUGCUGUAAUAUGGACCCCAAACUGCGCCCAUCCUUUGAGGAGAUUGGAAAGACCCUAAAAGAAAUUAUGAGCCGCUUACAGGAAGAAGAGUUGGAGAGAGACAGGAAGCUGCAGCCCACAGCUAAAGAACUAUUGGACUAUCAGCGACUGAGUUCACUGGAUGACAAGAUUCCCCCGAAGUCUCCACGUCCAAGACGUAGUAUCUGGCUGUCUCGAAGCCAGUCAGACAUUUUUUCUCGUAAGCCCCCACGUACAGUCAGUGUCUUGGACCCUUAUUACCAGCCACGAGAUGGUGCUACACAUAUCCCAAAAGUCAACCCUUUCAGUGCACGCCAAGACCUCAAGGGUGGGAAGAUCAAAUUCUUUGCCCUACCCAGCAAAUCUGUCAUUUCCCUUGUAUUUGACCUGGAUGCACCAGGACCUGGAACUGCACCUCCGGCUGACUGUCAGGAGCCUCUGGCCAUGUCUUCCAGACGGUGGCGGUCUUUACCUGGUUCACCCGAGUUCUUGCAUCAGGCUUGUCCAUUUGUGGGCUGUGAAGAAUCACUAUCUGAUGGGCCUCCACCACGACUCAGUAGUCUCAAGUACAGAGUAAGAGAGAUCCCACCAUUCCGGACAUCUGCUCUAUCAGCUGCUUCAGGCCAUGAGGCCAUGGAUUGCUCUAACCCCCAAGAAGAAAACGGUUUUGGACCCAGGCCUAAGGGGACCAGCCUAUGCACUGGGACUGCCUCUGAAGAGAUGGAGGUGGAUGAAGAAAGACCACCAAGAGCUUCUGUCCACUUCUCUAUCUCUGGAGUAAGCUUGCAAGCCCAGGGAGAGCAGGACGGGUGAGAUGGGGCAGGACUAGUCCCUGCUCACCUUGGGGAUGCAUUGUCAGCUGAAACUACUGGAUCCCCUUGGUGCACAACCUCCCUCCUCCCUGGGCCCUCUGCACAAAGCAGGUAGAACAGGCAGGUUGGGAAAAGCCUGGCUUAAAAUUGGGCUUUCAGUGCCCAAUGGCUGCAAUAAGAGGUGUUUCAAUAGUUAGGGCCAACCUAAUUCUAAGCCUCUGAAAUCCAACAAGGAGCUUUGGCUCUCAUGGACCACAGUGCACGUCCUAGACAGGACCAAAAGACUCUUAGUUCUAGGCUGGGCUGGCAGGUACCAUGUACCAGUUCCUUUCCUACUCCAAGUCUCUUGUGCCGACUCUGGGGCUUAUAAGCUACAGGAUGGAAACUGGAGUUGCCUAGGAGGCCGUUAGGGGCAUGGCUGUUUCUUAGACCUGAAGACUGGGAUGCUUCUUGCCAGUAUGUCUAAGACACUUGAAUAAUUGCUGUUUGCACUGUACGGUCGACCACAUCACUACAUCUCUACGCAAGGGAGACAAGGCAAUGUGGUGGUCAAGGAUCUUUUAGCUAACCUAUUCAAAGACUUUUCCAGUUGAUUAAUCUAUUUUCAUAUUUAUAAAGGAGUCUUAAUGCUUUGCCUCAAGACUUUCAACCUUGAUGUUGGGAGUGGGGCUGGUUCCGUAGGCCCUAGGGCCUGCUCUGUGUAUGUGUCAACAGGUGAUACAAUGCGUUAGUUAAUGGUUUAUACGUGGACUGAUUUUCUUUCCUCCUGUAGCUGGAGCUUUGGGAACAGUCUGUCCUUACAGAGCCGCAAUAAGAAAUAACCAAAGAAUGAAGUUGGUCAAGUAUUUUCAUAAUUCAUUUCUGUUGAUUUUUUUUUUUAAAAAACUUUUCCCCAAACACUUUCAGAUUAAAAAAAUAAUAAAGUUGAUGUUGCAGGUG